UGCUGAGAUCUGCCUCAUUGUGCCGCCUCGACCCGGACCGGACCCACCGCGCUGGAUUAAUACCGGAAGCGGCGCCAGGAGGAUUUUCUCUCCGGUUGGGUCCCGUUUCCUUGAGGAGAUUCCCGGAGCGGGUUACCGGGAGCGCGCGCUCCGCUCGGCGAGAAUAACUCUUCUUCUCUUGAUUUGGAUUGUUCUCCGUUCUGAUUGGCUGUCCGGGGAAGCUGCUGCUGAUUGGUCAGACCCGGAUUCAAGCCAACACCCCAUCAUGACCUGCUGACAUCAUCAAGCCACGCCCCCCCCGCACCCUCUCAGCCAAAAAUGGGGCCGACCAACUGGCUUUCGCCCUGGCGGCCGCUGCUGCUGGUCCUGACUUCCUGUCUGCUGUCCGAGUCGGCCUCCACCACAGACUUCCCCAAGGACCUGGAGCCCAUCGGCGAGGUCACAUCGGAGCAGUCCCACCUGUUUCCAGGCUUUCAGAGUCUGCUUCAGGACAACGACACUCUGCGUCUUGGUCUGGACUUCCAGAGACUGUUACGCGUCAACCACAUGUUGUACAUCGCUGCCAGGGACCACGUGUUUGCAGUGAACCUCACCACGGCUUCGGAGGACUUCGUCCCUCAGCUGAAGCUGACGUGGAGAUCCACGGACGUCAGCAAGUGCACAGUCAGAGGGAAGAACAGCGACGAGUGCUACAACUAUGUCAAAGUUCUGGUUCCACGUAACGACGAGACGCUGUUCGCCUGCGGGACCAACGCCUUCAACCCCACCUGCCGCAACUACAAGAUGAGGUCUCUGGAGCGGGUCGGGGAGGACGUGGUGGGUCAGGCUCGCUGUCCCUUCGAGUCGGGGCAGUCCAACGUGGGACUGUUCGCCGGAGGAGACUUCUACUCGGCCACCAUGACGGACUUCCUGGCCAGUGACGCCGUCCUCUACCGGAGUCUGGGGGACGGACGACCCGUCCUCAGGACCGUCAAGUACGACUCCAAGUGGCUCAGAGAGCCUCACUUCCUGCACGCCAUCGACUACGGUAACUACGUCUACUUCUUCCUGAGCGAGAUUGCGGUGGAGUACACCGCGCUGGGCAAGGUGGUCUUCUCUCGAGUGGCCCGGGUCUGCAAGAACGACAACGGAGGCUCACCCCGAGUUCUAGAGAGAUACUGGACCUCCUUCCUCAAGGCCCGUCUCAACUGUUCUGUCUCCGGAGACUCCUUCUUCUACUUUGACGUCCUUCAGUCCCUCACCAACGUGCUUCAGAUAAACCAGAAACCGGCUGUGGUCGGGGUCUUCAUCACUCAGACCAACAGCAUCCCCGGCUCGGCUGUCUGCGCCUUCUACAUGGACGACAUCGAGGAGGUCUUCAGCGGGAAGUUCAAGGAGCAGCGGACCAGCGACUCCUCCUGGACCCCGGUCCCCGACGAGCAGGUUCCCAGACCCAGACCCGGCUCUUGUGCGGGGGACGGCCCGGCGGUGGACUUCACCUCCUCGGUUCUUUUUCCCGACGAGAUGCUGAUGUUCAUCAAGUCAUAUCCUCUGAUGGACGAGGCGGUUCCCUCCAUCAACCACCGGCCCUGCUUCACCAGAACCUCCAGCAGGUCGAAGCUGACCCAGAUUGUGGUGGACGUGUCUGCCGGGCCCCACAAGGACCGGACCGUCAUGUUCCUUGGCUCGGACGACGGCCGGGUCCUCAAGGUUCUGGCCUCCACGCAUCCCAAUGACAGCUCGGGGUCCAAGCUGCUGGAGGACAUCCACGUCUACAACCCGUCCAGGUGUGACGUUCAGGGUCAGGAGGACAGGAGGGUUCUGGACCUGGGAGCUGGACAAGGACCCACCCAGGCUCUGUUCAUGGCCUUCUCCAGCUGCGUCAAUCAGGGUCUCGCUCAAUCUCGCUGCACACAAGCACCGGGAGCCUGCUGGGAGCCCUGCUUGGCCUCCCGGGACCCGUACUGCAUCUGGCUCCGGACCGGGACUUGUGCCAACAUGGCGCCCGGCUUCAAGGCCGGGUUCGAGCAGGACGUGGACGGUCCCAACAUCCCUUCUGCCCCAGUCAGCUGCCACACUGAAUUGUCGGCGACUGCUUGGAAACAGGAGCCUGCAGCCGACUUGUCCUUCGGCGUUGCAGGCGUCCGGCGCCUCCCGGAGGCGGAGCAGCGUUCCGUGUCCGAGGUCCACUACACGCUGCUGAUCGCCUGCGUGCUGGUGGCCUUCUCUCUGGGCGCCCUCCUGUCAGGCUUUCUAGCCUCGCACUACUGCGGCCGCGGUGGCGCCCGGCGGGAAGGGGGACACGGGAAGGACCCCGAGGUGUCGCUGCCGCACGCCCUGACACUGCCGCACGCUCUGUCACUGCGAUCGCUGGCCAAGCUCAACGGCCUGCUGGAUGGGCAGCCCAAGGAGGAGAAGCUGGAGGUGUCCCCUCUGAGGAUGUGCGGCUCCUUCAUCCCCAACGGGCAGGCGGAGCCUUACCUCCACGACCCCGCCCACCAGGGCCUGCAGCUGGGGGACCCUGACCUCAGCCUCUCCCAGUCUCAGGCUGACGGAGAGCUGUCCGGUCUGCCUACACCCGGCUGCACCCCAGAGCUCCCCGUCCCCAAGAGCAUGAGGGCCGCGGGGAACCACCAGAACCAGAACCACAACACCACCAAGGAAGCCCAAGCCGGACUUGGUCCCGGCGGGUUAGGGUCCGGUCCGGGCUUCGUGGCCUUUGUGGGGAACUCUGUGGCUCAGCAGGUGUUUCCCUUCGCUCAUCACCGUGACGACCACUUGAGCAACGGGGCGGCCUGUGGGGCGGGCGCCUCCUCUACCUCGCUGCACCUCCCCGAGGACAGGCGGGUCCUGAGUGAGGAGCGAGAGACGGCAGGAGGCGGAGCCCCCCCACACCACCACUCCCAUCAGUCCCUCCCCCAGGCGGCGGCGGACGUGUCGGCGCUGGACGAGCUGCUCAAACACAUCCACGAGGUCAGCGCCUCGGGGACCGGAGGCAUCAAGGUCCUCACCUCCACCUCCUCCUGCUCCCUGUUCCCCGGGACCUCCUUGUCCACCCACCAGCAACUCCCUCCUCCUCAUCACAACACCAGCCUCCACGGACACACCCGCACCCACCACUCCAGCCGAAGCCAUCACCAUAGCAACCACCACAACAACAACGGCGGGCAGCACCACCAGCGGGCUGAGUCUUCUCCGUACCGCAGCACCUCCACCUCCACACUGCCCGCUCAAAACUCCUCCUCCUCCUGCUCCUCCUCCGCCUCCUCCUGCUCCAACAACCCCACCUCCUCCACCUCCAUCCCCUCUUCCUGCUCUUCCUCCUCCUCCACUCCGUUGCAGCAGCAGGUGAUCCCGGAGGGACCUGGUGGGGGGGAGGCCUCCAAUCGACACCUCUCCCAGCGCCACCCGCUCAUCAAGAUGGGCAGUGGUGGGGGCGGGGGGGGCGGCGCCGCGCCGCGCCACCACAGCUUCAACCAGCGGGGGGGGCAGCACGCGCACUUUCUUGCCAGGAUGAACACCAACAGCAGCAGUAACGGGCCCCCCCCCUCCGCCUGCCUGACGCGGCAGCACAGCUACAGCGGCGUCGGGCCUCACGGGGGGCGGCGGGCCCUCGUCCGCAGGACGGCGUCCCUCAAACCCAACGUGCCCCCCAAGCCGCUGUUCCUCCCCAACACCUCCACGCCGCCAGUAGCAGAGGCGGGAAAAUGUGACUAGUACGGUGACGGCGGGGGGGGGGG